UGAAGUGGACAUGAACAAAACGGAAGACCUUACUCAGCAGAACGCUUCUGAAAGUGACAAUGAUGAAGUUGAUGGCAACAAUAUAUGUGGUUUCAGAAAGAAAAAGGGAGUCAAAGGUCCUACAAAGCAUGUUCCUCCUUUAGAAAACGAGAAGAUGGAGAAGUCCCGCAACUCAAAAAUCCCAGAUCCUUGUCCCCUUCAGGCAACUAGUGGUUGCUCAGAACCACCAUCAAACCAGCCUUCUCAAAACCUGACUAGCUUUCCUCCAGUACAAAAGGACAGAGGGGGUCGUGACAGUUCCCAUACUGGCAGCAACGUGAAAGAAGACAUGUCUGGAGAAACACAAGAAAUCCAGGAAAAUGCUGACACUGGGAAAAGAAUAAUAGGAAAAAUGCAUGAGGAAAUAGAUACACCAGCUAAAACGGAGCUGCCCAUGGGCGUGCAGCCUGCCAGGAGCACAGGCAAAGCUGGGUGCGCAGAGGCAGCACUCAGGGGAGAAGGCAGUGAGAAGGCAGAGAGUAAGCAAGAACGAGGUGAGAUGGAAGAAAAAGAUGUCAAGUUUCACGUGACAAAGAUGGGCUCCCUGGGCAGUACUGUAACCACACAAGGAAAGAGUACUGCAGUGUCCUUCACAGGGGCACCUGACAUUUCUAAACGAAGUCUGCAAGAGUUGAAAAACCUGCGGAGUGAAGGUCCUCUGCCUGAUUAUGCGCCCAAUUACAGUGGCAAGGCAGCUGGCACUUUUUCUCAGAAAAAUCUGAAGCCCCGGGAGAAAACAGCUGACAAACAGGGCCGACCCUUUGAGACUUUUAGUCCUCAUUUUGGAGAUGAGAAUCGAAGGUACCACAGCUUCCACAAGGAGGGAGUGGGGCAGCAGAGCAAACCUCUCCUGGUCCUCAGCUCUGCUGGGUCUGAUCAGCAGCAACCAGCGGGAAGCGACGUGGAUCAACUUAUUCUGAGACUACCAGCAGCUUCUACACAUGCAGAAAACAUGGCUCCCGAGAUUCAGUUUGACUCUUCCACAGGCCACGCUGAGUCCAGCAGAGAGCCUGAUGUAAACGGCCUCGGAAGUCCAACUCUCCUUCAGCUGUUCUCUCAUAUUGAAUUUAUUAAGCAGCAGAUGGCCAGGGACAACGUACAGUUUGUCAGAUUUGAAUCAAUAGACCUCCAUGGUGUGUCAAGAUCGAAGAAUGUUCCUUCUCGCUUUUUUCAUGAGAAAGCAAUUCAUGGUGUUGCCAUGCCCAGAAGUUAUCUUGAGCUGACACUGAAUCCUAAAGAUAAUGAAUUAGAUUACAUAAAUGCAACCAAUUUUAAUUGUGACAUAAUCCUGAACCCUGAUUUAUCAACGUUUCGAAUUCUGCCCUGGACUGAGCAGACUGCCAGAGUGAUAUGCGAUUCCUUCACUGUGCUGGGUAACCCACUAAUGACCUCACCAAGGCACAUUGCCAAGAAACAGCUGAGCCAGCUUCAGGACAAUGGCUUUUCUCUACACUCUGCCUUCACUUAUGAAUUUUGUAUUUAUGGCAUUACUGAGGUUGUAAAUUCAAAGACAAUAUCCUUUCCUGCAGCCACGAUACUAAAUAACCACGACCAGACUUUCAUUCAGGAGCUCAUUGAAGGAAUGUAUUAUGCUGGUGCCAACAUUGAAAGCUUUUCUUCUUCCAGUGGGCCUGGGCAAAUGGAGAUCACUUUUCAUCCAACAUUUGGCAUAAAUGCUGCUGACAGUGCCUUCACGUUUAGAACAGGCAUUAAAGAGGUGGCUAAGAAGUAUAACUAUGUGGUUAGCUUUUUCUCAGAAUCAGGUUUCUACAACUCAGGGGCUCUGUCACAUAGCCUGUGGGAUUUGAAUGGCCAGAAGAAUUUGUUUUCUGCUGGUUAUGGAGUUGAGGAGCUCUCAGAUAUUGGAAAAAAUUGGCUGUCAGGUCUCUUGGCACACACAGCAGCUAUCAGCUGCUUGAUGGCUCCUACCACCAGCUGCCGUAAGCCUUAUUCUAAAUACAGUAAAGAAUCAAAAGAGACUGUAAAUGCAAAAUGGGCAUAUAAUGAUAACAGCUGUGCCUUUAAUGUCAAAUGUCAUGGUGGAAAAGGCACUCACAUAGAGAAUAAAUUAAGUUCUGCUACAGCAAACCCCUACCUGGUGCUUGCUGCUACUAUUGCUGCAGGUCUAGAUGGAGUAAAGAGAGGACUUAGAUAUGAUGAUAUGCUCCAAGAAGAAAAUCACACUGCUGAUCUGAAACAUUCAUCAGUCCCUCUGAAACUAGAAGAUGCUCUUGUUGCACUUGAGAAAGACUCAUGCAUUAAGGAAGCAUUAGGUGAAAAUUUUGUCCGAUAUUUUGUUGCCAUGAAACAUUAUGAGUUAGAAACUGAAGAAAUGGAUAGUGAAAGGAAUAAAUGCCUGGGGUAUUUUAUUUAGAAGAAGCACUCUUCUCUAGUGAUGCUGUGUAAAUGCAUACAGUGAAUGGCUAAGAAUCUUGAAAUUAGUAAAUAUAUUUAAAAAUGUU